AUGGCGAUAGAAGUCUUCCUGGACAAAGACUUAAAGUUUUCUCCUUUUUUUCUUUCACAGAAUUUUCUGAGCCAGUACCGCUAUAUAUCUCCCUCGCGUUCAGGAAAUCAUGACGUGGAAACAGCCAUCAGAAAAUUCCAAGAGUUCACUGGUCUGCCCGUGACUGGCACUGAGUUAGAUGAGGCCACUAUUGCACAGACAAAGAAGCCACGUUGUGGAAUGCCUGAUGUUGAUGAAGAAGGCCGCGUGAAGAGGUUUAAGACUGGGUCCAGAUGGAGCAAGAAACACUUGACGUACUUUGUUGAGCAUGGAGUAGAUUUGGACCAUUCCACUCAAGACGCGGUGUUUGCCAAAGCACUGAAAUACUGGGCUGAUGUAUCAGGACUGUCUUUCUCCAAAGCUUCCAGCGCUUCCUCUGCUGACCUUAGGAACAGGUGAGCAUACUUGUAACAUUUAGCACAUUAAACAGUACAACGUGAAAGUAUUUCUCAAUAGGUAUCAUUCAAAUGAUCAUAUUAAGUUAUAGGGAUUCACUGACUUAACUGAUGGAAUUAUUUCGCAUGUACCCCAUGCAUGAUUUGCUUUAGCUGACGCCAGUAAAAUGGUAAUAGAACUUUAUGAGACAUGACCUGGAGUAAAGACUUCCUCUGGCCUUCUUAGAUUAUCGAGCCAGUAAAGAAAUUGGAAGAGCAUGGUGAUUUCUCACGUCAUGUUAGCUUAGAGCACGCAAAAAUUAUCACCACAAAAAUCAUGUACUUAGCAACAACUCUAAGUCUGUUAAGGCGGAGCUCUCUCAAUAUACUUUCACUGUUUCUUU